AUGCCCACAGUUGAGCGUCACCUGGGUGGCAAAGGACUGCCCCAUAAGCCUCAUGAUGGCAGGUUUUCUUCCUGCAACAGUCCCUCUAGCAGUGCCGAGGUCAAAGUGGAGACAACUGGUGUCUUAGCUGAGAUGUAUGGAAUAUUGGAGUCAUCCACUCACACAGUUUUCAAUCUGCAGCAUGAAUCAAAGAGUCAGCUGAAUCACAAGGCACUUCUCCUUCUUGAUGUAGCAUGCACACAAUGCAAAGUCUUUCAUGCAGAACAAGCUCUGGCCACAUGCAUCACCCACAAAUACAAAUUGAUGGCCAAGUUGUACAAGUACAAGGCAGGCAGCAGCAGGGCAAGAGUCCACAAAAAAGAUAUGGAGGCACAGUUAUUGAGCAUGCUGGUAGUCAAAUACUUGCCAUUCAUCUAG